AAGAUAUUUUCCACUGGUGUCGCGAAGGUAAUGCAUUCCAAGUGCGAGUAUGGCUUGAAGACACCGAACAUGACAUGAAUCAAGGGCGAGCCCCCGUCUACAUUUUGGUCAUCUUUCACUAACUGCAACCACCACGGCUACUAACAACAGCUUCUGCUUCUAACAAGAACAACAAUAACUUCGCUCAUCAGUUAGUUCGCGGUAAUGAACGAAGUGCGCCGCAGUUAAGCUUGUGCCUGAAGAUUACUACGCCUUUUCUUGUAAGCCAAUUUAAGAUAUCAGAGUCUCGAAAUGAAAAUUACUUUUUCUCAAAAAAGUCGUUUUUGGGACCCAAUUGUUACCGAUUGGCAGCUCAAAAAGUUGUAGCUGCUAUUGUCAAUCUUACGAGUAACACCACAUCGCGCUGGUGUCUUGCCUGAGAGGGAAAACGCCAGAAAGCAACUCUCAAGCGCCAUACAUUUACCGUCUUCGUAGGUAAGGGAAAAUUGAGCUGAGAGGUGCGAAUAAGACUAGCAUUGCGUGUUGGAGAUGAGAGGAUGAACAAGACACGAGUGAGUGCCGAGUAAACGGAUGCCAUUACUAUUGAUAUCUUUCCACGGUCAGAAAGAGGUGAACUGUAUCUGCCAUCAAGUACUGUGCAGCACCAGUCGUUCUCAGUGAACUUCUUGUUCUCACCAAACAGAAAAACAUAGGUAAAUUAUAAACGUUACUGGUUUAAAACAUUUUAUGUAUUCGGUAAGACGGUUUAUUGUGUUAUAGGAGUUAUGGUAGGCAAACAUAUACAAGACGAUGAACUUCCUGGAAAAGACGUCGCAAAGGAGUUCUAUGCUCGCUAUGAACCGAAAGAGAUAUUGGGCAGGGGGGUGAGCUCAACAGUACGUCGGUGUGUAGAAAAAGAUACUGGUUACGAAUUUGCGGCGAAGAUUAUCGACGUGUCAAGUUCCGAUGCUACGAGUGAAUCUUCUUUUCUUGAUGCAACUCGAAGAGAAAUUUCAAUUUUGCGACGAGCAGCUGGUCACCCGCACAUUAUUCAGCUGCAUGACGUGUUUGAAUCGACGACGUUUAUUUUUCUGGUGCUUGAGCUGUGUCCUCAUGGUGAAUUGUUUGACUACUUGACCUCGCUAGUGACACUGUCAGAAAAAAAGACUCGUCACAUUAUGCGCCAGCUUCUGGAUGCUGUAGCCUUCAUUCAUGACCAUGACGUUGUGCAUCGUGAUAUCAAGCCUGAAAACAUUUUGCUUGAUGAGAAAUUUAAUGUUAAGGUUACAGAUUUUGGUUUUGCUACCGAGCUACCCCAACAGGCAGAGCGGCUUCGGGAAUUGUGCGGCACGCCGGGCUACCUUGCACCGGAGUUACUAAAAGCUUCGAUGUAUGAAGCAGAGGAUGGCUAUGGUCGCGAGGUCGAUGUGUGGGCUUGCGGGGUCGUAAUGUACACCUUGCUGGUUGGAUUUCCACCCUUUUGGCACCGCAAGCAGAUGAUUAUGUUACGCGCGAUUAUGGAAGGUCGUUACGAAUUUAAAUCACCUGAGUGGGAUGAUGUCACUGACACAGCUAAAGACCUAAUACAAGCAAUGUUAACUGUUGAUCCGAGUAAGCGGAUCACGGCUCAUCAAGCGCUUCAACAUCCGUUUUUUGGCGGCGUGUCUGGUGAAAGUCAGCGAGUAUUUAACGGAAAGAAAGCUUUCCACCUGGCCUGUCUAACAGUACGCGCCAUGAUUCGAAUACGCCGACUAAAAUAUACGCCGGAACUAAUUACUGCAGACGUUGUUGUUCGUGAACCCUACCGCAUACGUACAUUACGCAGAGCCGUCGAUGCAUGCGCUUUCCGUGUGUACAAUCACUGGGUAAAACGUGGAGAGGUACAAAAUAGGGCUGCGUUAUUUGAGAACACACCAAAAUGUGACCUUCUUAAUAUUAUCAACAACUCGUACAAUGUUAACAAAGAAAACGUACAAGGUUUAAUAUGAAGAGAACAGGAUCUCCUCAGUUGAAGCCGUCUGAAAACAAGUGGGUUUGGAAAUAUCACGUGUAUGUUACUUGCCCCGUUUCUAAAUCUCACUUAUCGUAGUCUAUUAAAACCUGUUUAUAGAACUGGAGAUCACGUACUCUAAGUGAGGCACAACAUAUAAAAAACAAUUAACAUAUAAAAACAUUAAAAAAAAGUGGAGCACACGUGUAAAAUAAAAUCACGGCGAUAAUGAUCUAGCAGCGAAUGGGUACUUGUGGUAAAGGGAAUGCAGCCGGCGAGCUUUUGUGUAAUUAAAAACAAUUGACAUACUACUAUAGUAAUUAAGUGGACUAUUUAUUAAUUGUACAUCAACGUAAACGUAUUUUUAAUCUAGUAAAUUCUAAAGACUAAAAGCAUCAGAUAUUCUAUUUGAUUGACGUUUUAAAUUGUAAAAGAUGCUUGGUAGCACGAAUCGUCGUCGCUUUCGUUUUGGAUGGUUGGAGUGAUUGCUCUUAUAGUGAAUUGGUUCUAGAAUACACUCCACUCAAAUGCCGUCAAUAAAUGUGUGAAUAAUGAAGAAUUGACGAACGAACGCAUCCAGGUAUCACGUUUUGAUUCACAUAAGUACAAUUUCUACGAUGCACAUAGCCAUACCAUAUAAGAACAUUGCUAUUAUAAAAAUUGUUGAAUUCUUUCCUACAUGUUACGCUAUAUAGAAUUAAUAGCAGGCGAAUUCUUAAAAAACCGAUGGCAAGCCGAUUCAUGCAGCCGGUAAUUAUGUCAGACCAAUCAGGCAUACAACCUUCUGUAAUGCAAGCUGUUAAAAAUUUAGUAGUGGUCAAGUGAACUACAUGAGGUGGUACAUGAGCAACAAAUUUGAAAGCCCGUGUCGAUAAAUUACAUAAAUAACUUUGUAACGACGGCUGGUAUUUACCCUUAUAUAAGUACGGUCGACCAGCAGGAAUAAAUGGAUCAGAGUUGAGAACGCGAAUGUGUGUAUACAUUUUUGCAUUCUCAGAAAACAUGCCACUUUUUUGACAUAGCUACAACGAAGUUGCUUGCGUUAAAAUGGUACAAAUGCGUGCCUCAGCAUACAGCAAUUGUGAUUUUUAGGAUUAUUUAUUGUCUAUAAUGCCUGAUAGAUUUGUCAUUUGUCAGUAGUAUCAUACGUAUAAGUUCAAUUAGUUAUACCCAAAAAUUGAUUCUUAUCUAUAAAGAGUGCUCAUAGGUAUCCUUACUUAUUAAAAUGCUCGCUGUCGAAAUAUCUUUGAAGCCUUUUUACUAACAGAAUAACCUAUGCAAGUAAAUUAUUUUCUAGACCAUGGUUAAUAAUUUUUAUUUUGUACAAUUGUCUGAUUGUAAGUUAUUUAAUAAAAAAGAAAUAUGUGAGUUACUGUCAUAAAAAGCAUUGUGGAGUUUUCUAUCUAUUAAUGUUUAUUUUGAGUAAAGGUUGAAUGAAAUUUGAAUCGGGACUCUAUAAGCUGUUUUUCACCCGUCUUUAAAAAAGCAUAUCUUUUUAUUGAAGAACAUUUACUAACCACUGUGUUGAUGAUUUUUGAUCACCUUUAUUGAAUCUUCUACCAUGUUUACAAGGUAUUUGGACAUAAAACGGUGUUUACGUUGUGAAUAUAUAGCCCUAAGAACAUUAAUUUCGUCUUUAAUUUCAAUAUGGCUUUAUUAAGAAAUUUUGCAUUAGGCUAAAAAGGUGGUAAAAACAAGCACUGCCUCCUUCUCUAGGGAUACGUUGCACUUCUUAACCUACAAUUAUAUUUUCUCGUAACAUUAUAAGUCCGUCUUAAGUUUCGUUUUCAUUUAUAUUUGUUUUAUUUUGGAAAAAAUCUAUAUUUGUUAGAUGUUGCUAACACGCGAAAUGGGCAAUUGCUAAGCUUUUAAGGUACCCAAAAAAUCCAAGGGUUCUGAUGGACUUCUAUUUCAACGCGAUUAGGUGCUAGUAUUCCAACGACUUAGCGUAGGGAUUACAAUUUUGACUUUUGCUAACAAGAAGCAGACAUUUAAGAAAGACUAGGGUAAGAAUGUCGAAUCCUUUCUUGUGUGUGAUAGAAGUGUGCGAAUUUUUUUGCUGCUUCCGCUGAAGCAUAUGGGGUAGCAGUAUAAGGUUCUAUUGCUAAGGCAUGCUGAGUACCGCCAAAAAGCAGAAAGUAAAUGUGUGCCUUGCGUCUCCGUAUCAGCACCUUCAUUGUUGUAUGUAAUGUCCUCCGAUGACAGUGUUCAGAUACACAGAUUUAAAUAGGGAUAUCUAACUGUCACAUUUAAAACUUCGAAGAUUUUUAGACUCCCUAUUAAUGUGCAGGUCUCAGUAGUACAUAUUAUCAUCCUUGCCCAAAAUUUCCUUUAGUAAAUGAUGAAACCUUAGGUGGAUUAACGCUAAAUACGGUCAAGUCAUAAAUUAUCGUCGUUGACAAGCUUGGAAAAGCGUUAGACGCUGUAGUUUACCUAGUCGUUAGUCUUCUCUCAGAAAACGAGGCAGAUUAACUUAGAAAUAUGUGAAGAUCUAAGGAGUCCUAAUUUCCAGAAAUUUACCUCUACGAACAAAUUGAAUCUUUUACUUAUUUACUUAUUGGAUAACUCUUUUGAUUCUCUCAGAUAAGUGCCAAUCGUUGAAAAGAAACAAAAUUCAUAUUAGCACAACGCGUCGGCUGGCAGGCUGAUCUAUUUAAAGAUACAGCCUAGUCUUGCUGCCUUUCAUCUCUACAGAAGCGUGCAGCAAAGUAGCGUAUUCAAAAAUCAGAGACUUACUAUUUGAAAAAGAGAGAUUCUUACUGUGCAUAAGUAAAUACUGAAUAAAUACUGUAAAUACCGAAUGUAAAAUAAAAAUUUAGUCUACACGCAACCUGGCUCACCCGUAGUGUCCGUACGCUUGUAUGAAAAUAAACUACUUCAAAUGUAAAUACCAUAGAAUGGCACGAUGAAGUUAAAUGCCACCUACAAUCUAUUUUUGCCAUGCAUUGUUAAAGUAACUCAAGUGUUUUUUGAAAACUCCGACAUAAACCUCAAAAUACGUAUGUUGAAUUAAAAAUCUUUCAAAUGUGAUCGUUCAUUUUUAAACUUUCAAAUAAAGGUGCCUCGCCAAAGUGUCAUU